AUGGCUUCUAUGGAUGGGAAAGUGGUUGCGCUGACUGGUGGGGCGAGUGGCAUCGGCCUAGAGACUGCUAAGCUUCUUGCAAAGCGAGGCGCCAUCCUCUCCAUUGCAGACGUCAAUCAGCAGGGCCUUGAUGACGCUCUCAAGGAAAUCAAAGGAGACAAACAUAUCGCGACAGUUGUGGAUGUGCGCGAUGGCGUCCAAGUCAAGGAAUGGGUCGAGAAGACAGUGCAAAAAUUCGGCAAAUUGGACAGCGGAGUCAACCUUGCCGGUGUUGCGCGAAUGCAGGCACCCAUCACUGAAGUAACCGAUGACGACUGGGACUUCAUGAUGGGCGUCAAUGGCAAGGGCGUCUUCCACUGCAUGAGAGAGCAGUUGAAGCAUAUGCAAAGUGGAGGAAGUAUUGUCAAUGCGGCAAGCAUCCAGGGAAUGAUCGGCUGCGCAAACACGUCCAUCUAUGCGGCCUCCAAGGCUGUGGUCAUCAGUAUGACAAAGUCGGUGGCAAGAGAGGUGGGUCCGCGUAGUAUCAGAGUCAACUGCAUUGCUCCAGGUGUUGUCAAGACCCCUUUACUGGACCCUUUCGAGAAAGGUGGCCAGAAAGUGCCUACUACCAUGCAGUGCUUUGACAGGCAGGCUCAUCCUGUCGAGAUCGCUCGGGUCAUUGCUUUCCUCGCAAGCGACGAGGCGUCUUAUGUCACUGGUAGCAACUACCCAGUAGACGGGGGCACGACAGCCUGA